AUGGUGAAGGCAGACAUUAAGAGAGACUACUACGCCGAUCUAGGCAUUGACCCGAAAGCAGAAGAAGAUGAGAUCAGAAAAAAAUAUAGGAAGCUAGCCUUGAAAUUUCAUCCGGAUCGGAAUCCAGGCAAGGAACUUGAGUACAAUGCCAAAUUCCAAGCUAUUCAAGCUGCAUAUGAAAUCCUUAUUGAUUCCAAGGAACGAUUAAAAUAUGAUACCGGUAGACUUCGAGCGGGGUAUGGUAAGUUCUACUGCUCGUCUAAAACAAAUAUGCAACCUCCGCGACCGCAAUAUCCCCAACCAAAUAACCCUCAAGCUCGACGCGUGCCUACCCCAAAUACACAACCUAGAACAACACCAAAUCCUUCCGCACAGUCUAGAAGAGAGCCAACACCUGGCACACAGCCGAGAAACCCCCCAGAGAACACACAACACCAUCCUCAAGGUUUUCCGCAUCAUCGAGGAUCAUAUCCCACUCCUCCUUCCGCAGGAGCCCAGAAAUAUUCCAGCUAUGCGAAAUCAGGUUCACAGAAAUGGGACAAGAUCUACGAGGAUACGCGAACUAGGGCUGAUGCGUUCCGCGGAUUUCAUGAGAUGAAACCGAAUGCCAACCCAGGCGGCUGGUCAGGAUUCGAUCCAAGAACAGGCCGACCCAACGCGUCAACAUCAAAUCCACAGACCUCUCGACGUCAAUCUGCAUAUGAGACCUAUUUCAAUGUUCCAAAUCCGUCUCCACAGCGUGCGCAAGCGAAGAAAAAACAAGGUUUUGCUCCUGGAACCCCAGGGGGAGAUGAACCGAUGGCGCAGAAUACGUCAGCCUAUGCCAGUUUUAACAAACAGCGAGCAUCUUACCAUGAGCCACACUUUGAGCCUGCGCCGUCCCCAACGGCAAAGAAGUGGCCUCGCCAGGAAGAAUCGACCGAUACUAACAUUCCAAACCUGCAAAGGACAAGUUGUAGAUAUGCAACUACUGGUGGCGAGAAAACCUAUGUGUCCGGAGCUGGUCUUGGACGAUCUUCUAGCACCCGAGAUUCUCCUUUUACAGAGUCGGAUACUCGUUCUCGUACUAACCCCCCAAGUCCGACGUCCCCCCAGGGUAGUCGAGGAAGGCACCGCAGUGCCAGCCCGAAGUUCAAAUCGAACCGAGAACGAACUUUUCCAUCUUCCCCGGAAACCAGCGAUUCUGAUGAGAUUGAUACAUCUUUCAGACCCAAAAGGUCCCCACGUAGUAGGAAGUUUGGAAAUAAUGUGAAAGGAAACAUUUUUUCACCUUUCAAUCCUGACCCUGGUGAGGACACUUUGGGCUGCGCAACCCGGAAAGACUCUUGGCUCUUCGAUGAACCCCAUAUCCGUCCAGACGGAAGCCCCAGACAAACUCCCCGCGAAAGAUGGAACUUGCAUACUAACUAUGAGAACCCUCAAGGACACCAUCCCGAUAACGUCGGAUUUGCCCAGCAUGACUCCCAGGUACACGAACCGUCUGCAAAAGCCCAGCAGACCCAUGGCACCCAAAAUCACACAACAAGCCAAGAGGCCGAAAAUCCUAGUAAUAACUCAAAGAAAUCCGACUCACCUCAUAAUUUUAACAUGUAUGGCCCAUCUCAUAAACCCUCUAUUCGCGAGUGGUCGAGGAAAUGGGGGUUUACCCCUUCACCGGCUGCUGACAACACCCCUAAGCAAUCACUCCCGCUCUGGGCUUAUCCCUCAAGCAUCCUCCCCCAGCUUUAUAACCCUCCAAGAUUGAGCAAAGAAGCUGGGGACCGGAGUCCUGCAUCCCAAAAUAUGGAUGGGAUUCCACGUGAUGGAAACCCCACCCCUAUUAACCCAUCCAAUUCAAUCCAAAUAAAUCAAACUACAAUAAUGAGCGCUGACUCAAGUUUUAUUCCCAGUUUUGGCCCAUUCACGGAAAACAAAUCCCCUGUUGAUGGUACAUUCAAGAGCAGAAACCAUGAGAAUAUCGACGUCACUUUCUCCGCUUCUGAUUGGAAUGGAAAGUUUCAACACGCGGCCGAAUUCUUGGUACCAAGAUCGUCUAGAGAGUUGCCCUCUCAGUCAAAACCGUCCCGAACUCGUGGUAGGAGUAUAAGCAGGCCUAAUUCUGCAAAUCAUCCUCGGCCUUUUCCACCACCCGGAAGCUCUAAUCAGAACCCACAAGAAAACAUCAAUAAAUCCUCUUCAGCUUUCCUUGAAUCGGGAUUCUCAGUAGACAAAUGGACAGAGGAAGUGUUGAAAUCCAAUAUUUGGACUAUGCCACAUAACGAGCUCCCCCAACGGAACCAAAAGCGUCAAAAGAGUCCGAGAAAGCAAUCGAAACCGGCCGUGAACCGUCCGCCAACAAUCCCCAAACACGCAGCUGCUGUGACGACAGAGGCAGAAGAGGCAGAUACUAUGUUAUCCAAUGGAGACCCAGUCGAACCUCAACAGAACCUUCCUGAAUCCGUUGAGGCAAUGGAUAUCGAUGAUGGAGUCCCUAACAAUGAUCUCAAACAACAACAGCCUGCUCCGUUCAAUGCGGCAAUGGGAGCAGAUAUCAAGCCUGCCACUGCAGCGAUUCCCACGACAGAUGGUGCUCUGCCCCAUAGUACUCUGAACUUGAAAAACCUCACCAAAGUUGCGCCAUUUACGCCCACCAACAGCACUGGCAUCAACGACCUUAACGAUCUCAGCAGCACGCUUCCAUUCGAAUCGAGACCGGACGAAAGUAGCCAUACCCGCCUUACCGUCCGUCCGCAAGAUCUCACGCUCCCCAAACCGCCCAGAGUGCCCGCAGCGCCGAAUUUCUCCACAGCGGAACACACCAACAAAGCUGAAAUACAGACCAUGUGGGAGCGCUACGUGGCCGAUGUCAAUGCCUACAUGCAUGACUGGAACAUCUUCAACCGCACCAUGCUCGGCCAUUUUAACGCCAGGCAGCACACGGUGGAGACUGGACUGGCGCCCAACUGGGUUUGCGCUGUUGGCAACUCCACCCGACUUAACAUUAAAGAUGGGGCCGAUUCGGCAGCGACGAAGAGCACCGAUGCGAGUAAUGGCGUGCAAGAUGGAGAUGAGGAGGGUGACGCUGCUGACGAGGAGCAGUUUGCUGCUGGAAGUGGCCUGGGAGGGUUCAAUGCCUAUUUCCGUGGCGUGAAGGAGGAUUUUGUCGUGCGGCAGCAUUGGGAAAUUGCGUGGGAACGGCAUUUGGAAUGUUUGGAGGCACUGGAUGCGACACGCAGGUUCAUGCGGAGUGGGGGGAAGAAUCGGUCUAUGCCUAUUGGUGGAGCUACGGGAUAG